UCGAUGUCAUCGUGGACGUUCGACGCCUCAAGUCUCCUCUUCCUUCGACGAUCCCUUGUUUCUACCCUUCUCGUCGCGCAAACUACCCCGAGGAUCCUGGAUCCAUGAUCGUUUGUCCCUUCGGUCUGGAACACGGUCGAUCCGUAGUCGAAUAUUUCGUACAUCGCCUAAACCUAAAAGAUUCGUCUCUCGAGAAGAACCGCUUUUUCCGCUCGUUGUAAUCUAGGUCUGGUUCGACGAUUUAUUUCCGCACUGAGCAUGAACUUCGCUCGUUCGGAAGACGCGAAGGAACGUACGUGUGUAGUGAAUUAACGUGUCCGUCGGUGGAAAGCAUCGACGAAGAUUGGUUUCCCCGUCUCUCGAAAUCCAUCAGAACUUUUCGCAGACGCGAGGGAGUCUUUUGCGGACAAUGGGAACAAUGAGGAACAAUUUUGCCAGGGUCUUUGUGCUCCUGCUGGUCCUGAUGCCUCCGACGAGUCAAUCUUUCCCGCACGGCAAAGAAAAUUCCUCGAGAAGAAACAGUUUAGCCAACACUUUAACCCCGAAGGCUCCAUCGGCGUCCACGACUUACGAGUGUCUCUUCGUGGACGAGAACCUGCCUACCUGCGACGUUAAAUGGAUGCUGGGCGAGGACGAGGACGAGGACUCCGCGGAUUUGACGACAGUUCGAGAAAAGAGAGAUUUGAACGCGAAGCUUGACGAACUUACGGAGUCACGCCCGAGGGCCAAAAACGUCGACGCUUUUCCGAUGACGCGAGUCAUAGUUUACGCCUUCGAGGGUUGCAUACCACCUAUUCCACACGACAGGUUGCAUUUUUUGAUGCCACUUUGCGAGGGAAUUGCUCUGGACAAAAUCGUGGGGGUGGAGAGAUUUUAUCCCUUCGCGGUGAAGGGUGUGAAAAAUCCACCGUUUGUCUUCCCGGAAGUGACCCACGACCAAUGGUUGCGCAUGAAGACGCGACUUGGAAAUCACGUUUCGUCGAAUGCACGCAACAAGAAGCAUCGCGCGGCCAUUUCCGCGGAAGCUGCGAUCAACGAAACGUCUCACGGCCGCACGGAUGAGCUUAUGAGGGCAGCGACGACGAAGGAAACGAUGCCGAACGCGAUCGUCGCCAAUACGAACGUCUCGAACGGAUCGUCGUCGAGGGGGCUCAUUCGUAGCAUCUGGUCGAAACCUGCGGCAUCGACGGGCACAGAGAGGAGGAUAAUCGGGGAAAUCGAGCACAACGAAUCGCAAACGUCUUACGCCACGUCGAGUAUCGAGAACAGGAGCCGCGAUCCUCCUAGAAUUCCGAGCGACGCGUGGUCGAGAAACGGGAUCGCCGUGGAUCGGGGAAAUAAAAUGGAAUCGCGACCGAGGAAGAAGUCCCGCGGCCAUUCCAGGUGGAAAAUUCCCAACAAAGCCGAUCGUCGCCGAGAAAUGACCGUCGUGGAUCGUAAGAAGCCGAGCACGGACGAUAAAAACGAGAAUCUGGACGCGAUUCCAGCGCCUCCGCUCGUUAAACCGCCGAGGACGUCGAUCGCGACGAAUCGCGUCGAUCGCAAGAAGAUGGCUGUCGACGAGACGGGGAAUCACGACGAUUCCAAGCACUUUUUGAAACCAUUACUCGAUACGCGGACGGAGGAUCGUGGAAUCGUGAACGGAUCGAACGAUCUGCUGACAGAGGAGCAAGCGAUCGAGGAAGAAUUUAGAAGGAAGAGAGAUAUAAGGCUGAGAGAGAAGGAUUCGAACCAACUGAUGGUAGACGAAACGAAGAGUCGAGGAGUCGGUGGUAAAUCGUUCGUUCGACGAUUCAGAAAGCUCGAGGGGAACUCUGAGAUCGAGAAGUCGGUUCCUGAUAAGUCGAGGAUGUUUUUUAAUGGACGCGGUAUCGCUGGUUCCGAAAGUGAUUCCGCGAUUCCGAAUCGUAGGACGAAGAGCCGGCCAAUGAAAGGCACUGUUCGUGGAAAGAUAGACGAGUUCGUUAACUUGAAAGCGACGUCGCGGAAAAGAUCGUCGAAGGAAUCAGCGACGAAGAAGAAGUAUUGAAAUUACUUGGAGCCGCUCUCGUCUCGAAUGGACCGAGAGAAACGAGGGACAUUUUUCUUGAAAAACUAUGUAAGAACUAGGAUUAGGAUUAGGAUUUCUCGUCGAACUGAUCUCUAUUCAAAUGCUCGAACACCCAAGUGAUUCAAAUAUAUUGUGCAGUGAUCGAAUUGUGAGAUUCGAACAGUGUGACGUGGAUCGUUUCUUCAUCGAUCCUUUUUAAAACAUUAUGAUCUAAGAUAUUAUACGACAUUUGUAUGCUAGGAAUAAAACUAGCGCGUUUACGUUUCACGGCCGUAAGUAACCCCAAACCAUACGCUAAUGUAAAACGUUUAUACAAAAUUGAUUAAAGCAACGUUCCCCAAUGUUGUAUGAAAAAAUCGUAAUUAAUAAUUAAACCAAUAAAAUAGCGAUAGAUGAAAUGAUUGUCGUUUAGGUGAAGGUAACCCCACGUGGCUAAAUUGGUUCCCUCUGCUUUA